AUGAUAUCGAUGCCAUUAACCGUAUCAAUUGACAACACUCGAACAAUUAUGCCAACUAAUGGCGAUGAAAAGUUCACUGUCUAUCAAGUGACUGUACGUGGUGGUUUGAAUCCAACAUUCCAUACAAUUGACCGUCGCUAUCGUGAAUUUGAAGCUUUACACUCACGUUUAUCAACAAGCAUAUCCGUUCCACAAUUGCCACGAAAAGUUCUAUUACAUCGACGUAGUGCAAAACUAAUUGAACAACGAAGACAAUUACUUGAAAUAUAUCUGAACGAUCUACUGCGACGUUGCCAACAACAAUCGAUUAUGCCCGAAGAAUUAGCACGUUUCUUACAAAUACCACCUUAUGAUGACGAAAAUCAACAAAAUCGAAAAGAUCAGCAACAACAAAACCUCCUAAUUGGUAAUAAUGAAGACGAUGAAAUGAAAUACACACUUGAACACGCACCGUGCAUAUCAAUCAGUGAUCAUUGUUCGUGGAAUAACGAUAAUCGAGAAAUUUUGGUCGAUUCUGUUCUUUCGGGUUUAAUACAUUCUAUGUAUGAUAUGUAA